AUGAGGAUCAGUGUUCGGGCGAUUGCGUCGCUGGUCUUGAUCGCGCUGGCCGCGGUGUCGAAUGCCGAGGAGGAGCACCAUCGCAAGCACCACAAGCAUCACAAGAAGCAUCAUCAUCACGAGGCUGCCAACACGAGCGUGGAGCCACGUGGAUCCGGCUCGAACGGUCACGCCCUCGGUCUUCCAUGGGGUUGCGAUCCAUCAUGCAUCAACGGCGUCAAGUCGACCAAGAAUACCGACUUUCGAUGGUACCACCACUGGCAGGACACUCGUGUUGCCGAUCUGGACAAGCUGGGUUUUGAGUACGUGGCGACAUUUUGGGGUCCGACCAAGUGGGAUAAGUGGAACGCGGUCAAGGCGGAGCUCUCUCGUGGACCACUGCCCAAGUACAUGCUGGCGUUCAACGAGCCCGACGUGCAGGGGCAGUCGGACCUGGGACCCAAGGCGGCGGCCAAACUGUGGAUGAAGGAGAUGCAGCCGUGGGCGAACAAGGGUGUCAAGGUAGGGUCGCCGCAGGUGUGCUGGAACAUGCAGUGGCUCGAGCAAUUCAUGGGCGAGUGCAAGAAGCUCGGAUGCAAGAUCUCGUUCAUCGCGCUGCACUGGUACGGUUCGUGGCGCGAGUUUGACAAGUUUACGCACUGGAUCGAGUCGGUGCACAACGAGUUUGGCCUGGAUAUCUGGAUCACCGAGUACGGCAUUACGCAGGCCAGUGGUGGAUCGCAGGCGGACAUCAAGAACUUCCACAUCCGCGCGGUCAAGUGGAUGCGUCAACAGGGCUAUGUGAAGCGAUCGGCUUGGCUCGGUGGCUUCCCCGUCGACCAGAAGCCCGAUCCGUACCCGAACAGCCUCAACAGCUACUUCAAUGCCGAUGGCUCCGCGCGCGAUCUGUUCUGGUGGGCGGCUCACAAUGCCGGCGGGCCGAUGAUCAGCUUGCACGGCCUCUCGAAGCGCGACGAGAAGGAGCGUGAGGACGAUAAGCCAAAGCACGAGAUCGAGCAGUACGACGAGGAACACUGCGACUACAAGUGCCAGCUGCGCGAAAACUCGAUCGAGAAGCACCAGCGCAGGAAAAAGGGCAUCGUCCAAGUCGACGACAAGCACGUCUGCAUCGCCACGCCCUCCAAGCUCGACCGGGACGAACGCAAGAAGCUCGCCGUGUGUCUCAAGCAGGUCGGCCUCCUCCAGCCCAGUUCGCACUCCUAG